AGGCGUAAACAUAACAUCAAACUCGUUCACUUCCAGAUCGCAGUCCUCGCUUGCGUGCUCGCCGCAGCCAACGCCGGAGACCUCGGAGCAGUGGCCUACGAGUCUUACGGCGAACCUUCUUACGCAGCCGGUUACGCAGCCUCGACCUUGGCCGCGACCUCUGAGAACGUGUACCGCAGCGCCGGCAACCUCAACACCAUCUCGACUCAGUCCAGAACCAUCGCAACUCCCUACUCCACCAGCAACAAGCACUUCACCAGCGUCACCAACCCCGGAGUCUACGCUCAUGCUGCCCCAGUGGCCACCUACGCAGCCGCUGCCCCAGUUGCAACUUACGCUGCACCAGUGACCAGCUACGCCGCAGCUGCCCCUAUUGCUCAUGCCGCUCCGGUAGCUACUUACGCCGCCGCUGCCCCUAUCGCCCACGCCACCUACGCAGCUGCGCCCAUUGCUAGUCACACGACCUACUCGGCUGCUCCCCUCACCUCUGCCAGCGCCAUUGACACCGGUUACGUUGAUCCAGCUCCCAUCGCCACCGGAUACACCGCUCAUGCAGCCCCCAUCGCCUCCGGAUACGUCGCCCACGCUGCCCCCGCUGCUGGAGCGUACGCAGCUGGUCACGGCUACUCAGCUGGAAUCGGUUACGCCGCUGGUCACGGAUACGCUGCCCGAUCUGCUCACCCAUCCAGCCUUCUUGGAGUCGCUUACUCCCCAGCCGUUGCUGUGUCGCACAUGACCUACAGCAGCCCCGUUGGCGUCAAUUACUCCUGGUAAUUUAGACGAGAGAGAACAAUAACGGACUGAUUGUUGCCAUUUUUACCGAUGCUUUCUUCCUAGCAUUCUGUAUUAUGUGAAAAUGUUGUAACUAUAUAAACUUUAUGUACAUACAUUUA